CAGGUGGACUGAACUUCUGUUAAGGUGUUUUUAUUCCUACAGUAGUGUAAUAGCAAGGCGCAUCGGGCGUAUGGAUUCCCAUUUCUGUAUGGUGGCAGGCUGGUUUCUUCCCGAAGUAAACGCAAAUGCCCGAAUCUGGAUAACAAGCUGUUCAACUGGUCAACAUCAAAACGAUGGGUGAACGCGUCAAAGUUUCCUCAGAAAACAAGAAAGGGGAGGUGCCUGCCGUUUUCUUCAAAGGUGUCAAAGGAUCUGCUGGAAUCAUAGUGCUCCAGGAAUGGUGGGGAUUAAACCAGCAGAUACAAGACAGAGCACAGCAAAUAGGCAAAAAGGGCGGCUUUACCACGAUCGUUCCCGAUCUUUACCGAGGCAAGUUGGGAACCAACCACGAGGAAGCAGGCCACCUCAUGACUGGCCUCGACUGGCUUGGAGCGGUGAAGGAUAUCCAAGGCUGUGCUAAGUACCUGCUAAAACACGGGUGUACCAAGGUUGGAGUCACUGGCUACUGUAUGGGUGGCGCCCUCAUCGUAGCUGCUUGCUGCCUGACACCGGAAGUCAGCGCAGGCGUGGUGUUUUAUGGGGUGCCCAGUAAGGAGCUGUGUGAUCCCUCGACGAUGAAGGUCCCUAUCCAGUGCCAUUUUGGCGACAAGGAUGACAUCGUGGGAUUAUCGUCCCCAACUGAUGCUGAAAAGCUACGAAAGGUGAACCACGAGUUUUAUAUGUAUGACGCGGGACACGCCUUUACCAACAGAUCCAACCCAAACUUCAACCAAGAGGCAAGUGAAAAGGCGCUGGAAUGAAUGUAUGUUUUCUUCAAGAAACAUCUGAAAUAAGCUAAUACACCAACAGUGGGUCAUGCUUUACAAUACUUACUAAGAUGACAUUUCCCACUUGACAAUCACGCACAAAAUCAAUCACCCAGUCUAUUCUUAAUUGUAAAACUGCAUUCCUGCAGUUACUGUUAUAUACAAGAAAGGUGUGUGUGCUAUUUUGGUGUUAUUGUGAUGUAUGAAGAGUACAGGACCAACUUCAACCCACCUCACUUCUAGAUAUAAAUCUCUGAGAAUGCACCUGACAACAUAUACAGUUACUUAAAGGGGCAUUCCUGAGUUUGCUGCA